AUGGAUAUUUUAGCAGAGCCUAAUCGAACGCGGAAGUCACAUCCUAUGAAUAACCGUAUGGUACUGAAAGAAGAGAUUUCGACUAGGCCGUCACUCGGCUCAGCACAUAAAAGUUUCCGUCAUGUAAAAGUGUGCGCCCAUUGCGAUGAGGUGAUUGUACGGGGUUCUUUAAAAGCCCUCGGUCGUUACUAUCAUGAAAGCUGCUUUGUAUGUUAUGACUGUGGAAAGAUUUGCAAGCCUAAAUACUUUCCUUUCGAGGAGCCCAACACUAAGCAACUUAUACCACUUUGCCAGCAGGAUUACUUCAAGCGCAAUAACCUGUUAUGCUUUGUGUGCGGUCAGGCCCUCAGAGGCGUUUAUUAUAACGCUUUCGGAAGGCUUUAUGAUGAAGAACACUUUUGCUGUAAGAUAUGCAACGAGAAGUGCGGGGUCAACACAUGUUUCAACUAUCAAGAUGACCUCUACUGCAAAUACCACUUUCUAAAAUAUUUCUCAAAUCGUUGUAAAGGUUGCGACUAUCCAAUUUCAGAUCAAUACAUUGAGUUCCCGAAGGGCGAAGAAGUCCACCGCUGGCAUCCAGAAUGUUAUGGGGUGCACAAAUAUUGGCAUGUGGCCUUCCUUCCUGAGGCUGUGGGACAACCUCAAAUAAAGCCCGGCAAUCCCCGUCAAAUUUCCAAAGGUGGCAAACCUGACAUCAAUCGUGCAGAUUUGGAAAGGUACGUCAUGUCAUUUAGUAAGCUUGUUUCCACAACAUGGUCCGUUCUUUAUCGAUUUGAGGAGGAAACGGCUGUUUGCAUAUCAGACAUGUUUCAAUAUUUGACGAGCUUCGAUCAGCUGAAAGGUUUAAAUUCAACUGCUUUGUUUGUUUUGAAAAUUGAGUGUCUCUUUAAGGCCCUAGAUUCGCUGGAUUCUCUCUGCGCCUUUGAUUCAUAUAAGGGUGAAAUUCCCAAUGGGGCCUCAAACGAAGAUGUUGAUAUUACCGAUAACAAACAAUCAGAGGGUAAGAUUGAAUCGGAUACCGCGUUCACAAAAUAUUCUAAAUUUCCUAGAAACUUGUCCACAAAAGUGAUGAUUUAUCUCCAGCUUCUCCGUAAGCUAAGCUCAGCAACCCAAGAAAAAGAUGUCAGUGUUUCUUCCCUAAUGUCGGUUAUUACUGGAGUUGCUCAUUUUCUCAAACUACUCGUACGCUACGGGUUACAGACUGCCCUGGAUCGUAACAGGACUGCACGCUCGGCCAAUGCAUUAGUCAAAUUUCUUCGAGAAAUAGAGAAAAACGAAGGCAUAAGUUCAGCUCCGUUCACGCUGAUUGACGUGGGUAUAAAUGCAACUGAUUGCUGUGCCUCCUGUGGCAAAUACAUACAAGAAGACUGUAUUCAACUUAAGGAUCGCAGAUGGCACAAGACAUGUUUUACGUGUGCUGUCUGUGAUAAGCAUAUCGACUCAUAUGGUAUUGCUGAUGCAGCGUUCAACAACACGAAAAAGCACGUUCUGUGUGCUCAAUGCGCAGUGGGAGAUCCUGACUCAUUUCCUGGCUUCAAAUCCGUGACAAAGUUGGCACAGCUGAUCUUUUUAUUAAAGAUUGCGCUGGUAAGAUCGAAGGCCGUGAUGGAGAUACAGUUGAAAAAUAGGGAAGCACUAAAUCGUUCUAAUAGUGUCAAGGAAUCCAUCUCGAUGCAACAAACCUACAUUAGAACGUUGAAUGACAUUAAGAGGCUCAAAUCGAGGCGACAGAGUGUCCCACUCACUACCACCAAUAAGCACGAAGCACGCAGGUCGCGCAUUCUCGAGACUUCAGAGGUGGAUAUAGGAACGAAUUCCUCACCAGAGGAAAAAUGUCUGGUGAUACAAACUGACAAGAGCAUGGAGAAACAGCCAGAAAAUCAAAAUAUGUUCAAUAGCACAAAAACGUUGACUCUUGAUGACAUUUCACGAAUUGUUGCUGCAGAGCAAGCUAGGGAAUUACGUCCCAAUGCUUUUACUCACUUCAAGAAACUUAAAGAUAACGAUGAAGACGGUCUUAACUUGAUCAAUAAGAAAAGCGGAGUAUAUUAUUCCGAACUCAAAGUUGAGGACCUAUACCUGAUAAAAUUAAUUUCUCUGGCAUUGCUCUCCACAGGAUCGCAUUGUUUGAUCAAAAAUAAAGCUACAACUGAAAGACUGAUUCCACCCCAACCACUGCGACAGCAGAAAAAUUCUAACUUUUGGUCGAAAAUGAAGUUCAUGAUGAGCAAGGAUGGUAAAAAGACAUCCAACAGAAAAGUAUUUGGGUCAUCUUUGGAUGCAUUAGCAGGGCAAUGGGGAAUAGAGUCUGACCUGGGAAUCGGUCCUUCGAAGAUUAAGGUUCCGAUUAUAAUUGACGAGCUCAUAUCAUCUUUACGACAAUUAGAUAUGUCGGUAGAAGGUGUUUUUAGGAAAAACGGUAAUAUUAGGAAACUUCGAGAGUUGACAGCUGCAAUAGAUGAAAACCCAUUUGAAGUACCUGAUUUAUCCAAAGAGAAUGCUGUUCAGCUGUCAGCUCUACUCAAAAAAUUUCUCAGAGAGCUCCCGGAUCCUCUUUUAACAGCUCAACUCUAUGACUUAUGGAUUCAAGUUGCUAAGUUAGAACCCGAUAUGGAGCGACACAAAUAUUUUGGGCUUCUUUAUGCAUUACUACCGUCUUUCAAUAGAAGUGUUGCGGAGGUACUUUUUUCUUUUCUACACUGGGCCUCGUCUUUCUCUCACAUUGAUUCUCAGAUGGGUUCUAAGAUGGAUAUCCAUAACCUGUCCACCGUUAUUGCACCUAACAUCCUCUAUCAACAGGGACCGAGCACCGACCAACCAUCUGUACAAUUGGGGGCAAUCCACAAUACCUACAAUGACGCAUUUGCUCAGAACGAGGGAGAGAAUUAUUUCCUUGCGAUUGAAGUAAUUGAUUACCUUAUUAACCAUAAUGAGGACUUAGCCGUGCUGCCCAGAUACAUGACAGUUCUGCUCAACGAAGCAAAACAAAAGCAACUUGGGGAUUUUGAAAGUGUCAGAGCAUUUGUUGAUGCACAAAUUAAGGCAAACCGUAUGAACUUCUCAGAAUACGAUACAAUCGAGUCUGUGAAGAUGAAGAAAUCAUCUUCCGUGGCUAAGCUAGAGGUCAAGGGUAAUGAAGCUGCGUAA